CUAAAAAUAUCUCCCACGUCUCUCCAUGAGAGCCCCAUACUUCCAAAAUGGGUAUCAGAUAAGAUUAUAAGCAGGCGCUCUUCAUCUCCUCUCCUCCCACCAUUGCCAUUUCCAUCCAUCCACACCAUGCUCUCCGCCACCGCCCCUGCCACCUCUCUCUCCGCGGCGGCUGCUCACACCACCACCACCACCACCACCUUCCUCCUCCAUACUCCCCCUCUCCGCCUCUUCCUCCGCCGCCCACCAAACCUCAUUUCCGCCUCUCUCAAUCCUUACCCUUCCCCUUCCCCCUUAGUCGCCAAGCCACAAGUCUACCAGCCAUUCCGCCCCCCUCCCUCUCCUCUUCCCUCUCAGUACCGCUCUCUCGACGCCGCCGGCAAGCUUGAUGUUCUCGCCAACCGCCUCGGUCUCUGGUUCGAGUACGCGCCGCUAAUUUCCUCCCUGAUUCAAGAGGGCUUCACUCCCCCAACCAUCGAAGAAAUCACUGGAAUCGGCGGAGUCCAGCAGAACACCCUCGUUGUUGGCGCUCAAGUUCGCGAAUCCCUUGUCCAGACAAUCAACGAUGCUGAUCCAGAUUUAAUUGCAGCUUUCGAUACCGGCGGCGCCGAAUUGCUCUAUGAAAUUCGGCUCCUCAACGCCGAGAAACGUGCGGCGGCGGCCAGAUAUAUAGUGGAUAACAGGCUGGAUGGGAAGGGUGCGCAAGAUCUGGCUCGAGCGAUGAAGGAUUUUCCUCGGCGAAGAGGGGAUAAAGGUUGGGAGAGUUUCAACUACGAUUAUCCUGGGGAUUGUUUAGCGUUUAUGCAUUACAGGUUGAGUAGAGAGUAUAGCAAUAUGUCGGAGGCGAGGACGUCGGCGUUGGAGGACGCGUUGAAAGUAGCGGUAACAGAGGAAGCGAGAAGUCUGAUUGUUAGGGAUUUGGAGAGGGAAGGGGAGGGGAAAGAUGAGGCGGAAGAGGAAAUCGAAGCCGGUGUCAAGGUUCCGGUGGUGCGGUUGAAGAUCGGGGAGGUAGCGGAGGCAACAACAGUGGUGGUGUUGCCUGUGUGCAAUGGGGAGGAAGGGGGAAAGGGUGUCGGAGAGGCGCCAAUGGAGGUGAGGAGUGAAGGGGAAUUCGGGGUUGUGGUGGUGGAGGAGGGGUGGAGAAGGUGGGUGGUUCUGCCGGGGUGGGAGCCGAUAGCAGGACUGGGGAAGGGAGGCGUGGUGGUGGCGUUCAAGGAUGCGAGGGCUCUGCCAUGGCGGGUGAAUAGGUGGUACAAGGAGGAGGCAAUUUUGGUGGUGGCUGAUCGGAGUAGGAAAGAGGUGGAGGCCGGAGAUGGGUUUUAUCUGACGGGAGCGACCGGGAACGACGGGGAGUUGAAGGUUCAGAGAGGAAGUGAAUUGAUGGAAAUGGGGUUGAAGGAGAGCUUAGGGACCGUGUUAUUGGUGGUUAGGCCACCAAAGGACAUGGACGAUGAUCAGUUGAGCGAUGAAGAUUGGGACUAAUUUUUCAUAUUUCAUUUUGGUUAUUCAUAUUGUUUUUGUUCCCACUCCUUUUAGCCCUUUAUUUUGUGGAGGAGUAUUAAGUUUUUGAUAUGAAA